UUAUGGUUCCUGUUAUUCUGUUUUAUGUCUGAUUUUUGAUUGUAUUAGUUCCCCAUAGUUUCGACGUUAUGCGCCAUUUGUCACGGGGUUGUUGUCUAGAGAGCAGAGGACCCCCGACUUAAUUUCAAAGUUUAUUUAUUUUUUUUUAAAGCCUGGUCAGUUCUUUUGUGGGUGUUGCCUCUCCUUGAUUUUAGCAGCGGAAAUAACGCAUUAGUGGACUGUAAAAGGAGCUUGGACACUAGAUCAACUGCUGUGAAAUUUUCUCUAUAUAAUUAAAGAUGUUUUUCGAGGGAUAUGGUUAUCAUGGAACGUCUUUUGAGCAGACUUAUCGAUGUUACCCUGCAUCUUUCAUCGAAAAGCCCCAGAUUGAGAGUGGUGAUAAAAUUAUCAUGCCUCCUUGCCUUGACCGUCUAGCAUCUUUGCAUAUUGAUUAUCCAAUGUUGUUUGAGCUUCGGAAUGAUGCUGCUGAGAGAGUUUCUCAUUGUGGGGUUUUGGAGUUCAUUGCAGAGGAAGGCAUGAUUUAUAUGCCAUACUGGAUGAUGGAGAACAUGCUUUUACAAGAGGGAGACAUUGUUAGAGUGAAGAAUGUGACACUACCAAAGGGG